AUGCCGGAGGUUGGAAGGAAACAACGCUCGCCGAACUUACCGCCACGGCUGGUCCCAGAACUGCAGGCUCUUGCCAGCCACACUUCUAAGCCAUAUCAACAUGCGCCUCCGCCUUCAGUGAGCACAAUCAGCAGCCCAUCGACACGCUUCACGGAGUCGCCAGCGCCAUGGAGCGCAGGCACCGCUACGACCACGCCAGUAUCUUGGUCUUCUGCAUCCCCAGCGUUAACAUCCUCUUACGGCAUGCGGACCCCCGAGAAGAAAUCAAAAACGGUGCCAGUACCUAACCCGCCUCGGUCAAGGCUGCCGAAGCUGCCAUCAAUUCCACGACCGCCGCCACCUCCACAGUCUGGUGCUUCGGCGGUUGUGGAGAACGAGACCCGAUCAACAGAAUCUCGGGGCCCGUCCCGCAAAAAAAGCAUUCUCCACAGCCCUCCGCCAACGCCUCCACCUCGAACUUCAUCGGUCAAGAGGCCUAGCACAGGUGGACGGAGUACGAACACAAGUAUCGACGACACACUAUCCAGAGCUGCACCAUCUGGGCCGCCGACUCGACCGUCCACUGCACCCUCCUCCGCCGACCGUCACGGAAGUCCCAGAGCGCCGCAAUUGCGUCGGGAGGAUCGCAUCGAUGAUUUCUCUGCUUUCACCACCCAUGAAAAUUUGCAAGACUCCAUUCGGAAUGUGCCUACCCGCCCGAGCCGCAGUGGUACCUUCGAUCUUGGAGAUAGCAGACCUACAACUGUCAACACGCACAAAGCUGCGUUCUCGGCGCAACACCGACAGUUGCUCGAAUCAGGCUUCGAAGACGUUACGCCUCAUCGGGUAGUGGUGUCCUCCAGUACGGCACAGUCAGACACCGAGCGGGGCCUCGCUGGAGAGAAAAGGGCGCGUUCCCCAGCUCGUCUCGGCAAGUUUUCGAAACUUCGUAUCUUUGGCCAGCGAAGCAUCUCUUCCACUGAUGCCGACAAAAGCCCCAAGAAGCUUCAACGACGAGGUCCUUCCGCCGGCACCGGUCACGAAGGUUAUGGUAAAUACGCCAAGAGAGGUAGAAAGCAAUCGACCGAGCCAUCCGGAACAAGUAGUGAAAGUGAGAGAUCCCAGAGCAGCACGCGAAGGCUGCCGCUCUUCUCCCAUUCUCGCAAAGCGAGCUCCAGCUCUAGGCGGACGAGUCAAUCAGAUCUGGACGAAUUCGCGGUUCCAAGGCUGAACCCAGUCGUUUUGCGAGGAGGCUCACAGACGAGCGUGGCCACGGACAACCCAAGUUCUGAUCGCGGAUACUUGACAUCACCCGAUCUCAGAGAGACGACGCCCUCGCCAGCACCAGAUGAUCCGCCAUGCCAUUACGACCGUCGAGUACGAUCUCCUCUUAGUAAUGCAACAAAUAGCCCGGGUAGAGAUGGGCCAGUCCCUCGUCUUGCUCUGCGGCGAUCUCAACGAUUCCCCACAGGAUCAGAGCCCUUGCGACUGCCGGCUCCAAUCCGCACGGACGACCUCCAGGCGCAGCCUGGUAUCAACAGCUAUGAUACCAGCUUGUCCUCAACAAUGCCGUCUUCGGCUGCGUUAUCGUUGCCAGCAAGCGAGCAUGUGUACAUCGAUCCAGGUCUUUUGAAGGAGAAGAAAGCCCGCAGACGCUGGUGGAAUCCGUUUCGAGCACGACCGCAGGGCAUGAUCGUGCAAGAACCGAUCAUGAUGCCAUCAUCGGAGCCAGAAAUGGCUGUCAGUAUUGCUACGGGUCCUGCUCCUCGCUCAAUACCAUACUAUGCUAUGCUGGAAUCGGAAAGCGAGGGCACAGGACCUCAACAGAUUGGCGAAUACAUGUCUGAGGCUGCGAACCCAUCAUACAGUCCAUCGCCAGAAGAACAUGAGGACCGAGCAAAGGCUUCGCGUAACACAGAGUCGAUCCUUCUGCCAGCGCCUCCUAUCUGGAGCUCUGUUGACCAAUCGAUGCAGCAGGUAGAGCCGCUCGAACCCUCACCACUAGAAGCAGGACCUCGACAGCCACGACUAGCGCAGGUCGGCCGCAUCCCAAAGGUUGUCAGCAGGAGCGAAAGACAGCACAAGCCAAGUCGGCAAUCUUUCUCUCAGCCAUUCGCGAGAGGUCACCCACUACAACACCCUGCGGGAUAUAGCCACGACCCUCGUCUGUCAUGGGAGGAGCCACCCCAGCUACAGAUUCAUACCGAGACAUUGCCAAGCCGUCCGUUCUUUGAGGUUGGAAAUCCGAGUGCAAAGCCCUCAAGCGCUCCGGCUCACUCUCGUCCUGCUCAAGUCAGCUUGCCAGAGCCAUUCACCUCAGACCUAGUGAAGGUUUCGUCCAUGCACAGCUCUGAUGUGUCAACAUCGAGCUCGUCAGCGGGCAUGAUCAGUGUGAUGGGACCAGGCAUCAUUCCAACGACGUAUGAGAUGCAAGCUCAGUCCUAUAUGCCAGUGGUGCGACAGCCGUCGGUGUAUGCUGAGGAAGAUGUGUGGAAUGAGUUCGAUGACAUUAUCGAUCACGUCAUGUCGCCAUCGAGGUCCCCAGGAUCCAAGUCACCAGAGACUCAGGCUAAGCAACCGCUGCGUCCGCUCGUUGAAACAUCAAGCUGUUCUCCUCUCACAGGUCGUCCGGUUAUCAGACCUACAUCCAGGGGCAAGAUGCCUUUCCCAGAAGGUCGGAGAGCAAUGACGGACUUGCCGCUCGCAACGCGAGGCACACCACCGGUUAUCUUUCCUUUGCCUUUGCUGACGGCCGAUAAGUCGGUGAGUGAGGAGAUCAGAUUACGACGGUCGCGCAUUGUUUCAGCGUUACAUUCUUCCUACGAUCCAUCCUCGCCGUUCUCGAUGCGUGAAUUUCUCAAAGACUACAGUGAGCCACGGGACAGCAUGAGGCUCUCGGAAAGAUUGAGUGCUUCAACCGCUGCACGGUCCACACUCACAGCACCAGCGCUGGUGGAAGAACCGGAAGCGGAACGCACCCACCAGGACAACGCUAUACUGCUAGACGUUGCCGGACGAGCCAAAGACCCAGCCAAACAGUCUGAGUUGCAUUACGCCUCGUUGGAGGUGUCUCGGUGGUUGUCGUUUGGACGGGUUCUGUUCUCUCCUGCUCAGGACGAGAUCCAAACCCUGCCGGACCGCAACGUGCUUGUGAUUGACGGUCUCGGGAACGAGGACUGGUCGAUCUACUGUGCGGUAACCUACGAGGCAGUCAAGGCGGUCGUCUACGAUCUCAAGGAAACAUCGCAAUACAAGAAAUCUGGUAGCCCACAAUCGCUCGGGCACCUGCCAACAAACCAUCGCCGAGCCGAAAUCGCCACCUUUUCUGAGCGUUUUCCAUUCCAGAGCGCUUUCUUUUCGGUCAUCGUAUUACGGUUCCCACCCGCAAUGUCAGAGGCAAAGCUGAAGAACAUCAUCAGCGAGUGUCGACGCAGCCUGAUGCCCGGCGGUCACAUCGAGGUGAUGUUACUGGACUUCGAUUUUGUUAACAUGGGGGUACAGACGCGGCGGGCUGUCAGAGAGCUCAAGAUGCGUAUGGCUACUAAAGAUCCCAAUGUCAACCUCAAGCCCACGAUCGACAGCUUCCAGUCUCUUCUCGGCGGACGAGGCUUUACUGGACUCAGCCGAUGUGUGGUGGGCGUGCCAGUGGUAGGGCGUCCACCAGGAUCGACUGAUUCAUCCACCUCGUCACGGUCAAGUGGUGGUUCCUACGCACGUCGACCUGGUGACCCUACUCGUCUGACUAGCCGACACAGUCAACGAGGUCAAAAUUUCUCUCUCAGCGAGCUGGUGGCUGAUCCAUCAGAAAGCGCUGAUGCGCAGAUUGGAAGAAUGGUGUCCAAAACAGCGCGCAAUUGGUGGCAGCACUGCUACGAGGCCGGCGUAAUACCAAACGGAGACCUCUCACGCAGCAUCUUCUCGGAGAAGAAGGUGUUGCAAGAAUGCAAGAUGCGGGCAUCGAGCUUCAAACUGCUGAUCGCACACGCACAACGACCAGUCUUCGAACAACGACGACGCACCAUGAGUGAGUCGGCGGCAGCGGCGAUGGCCACCGCAGGCGCAGCACGCCGGCCGAACGCUGCUUAG